CAGGGAGGGGUGAGAGUAAAGGGGCCUGCAGCAGCUAUCAGGCCAUAAACCAGGCUGACCCCUCAGCGCAAGGCUUGCAGGCUCAGCUCCCAGGUCAGCAGUCAUGAGCAGAGGUGACAACAGCACAGAACUGCUAGUGCCUGGAAUCCCCACCGUGACCCAGGCCUGGGGACUAUGGGCCCUCCUAGGGGCUGUAAUGCUGCUGCUUCUCAUCUCAGUGGCUGCGCACUUGUUCCGAUGGGCUAGCAGCCAGAGCAGGAGCCGUCCGGGACAGGGACGCUCUGGAGAAUCUGUGGAAGAGGUCCCCCUAUAUGGGAACCUGCCUUAUCUUCAGACUGGUCGGCUGGCUCAAGAACCAGGGCCAGACCAGCAAGAUCCGACUCCUAGACGCCCCGUCUCGGCUGCAGAGAAAGUGAUGUGCUAUACCAGCCUGCAGUUGCGGCCUUCUCAGGGCCAUAUCCCCAGCCCCGGAACCCCCAUCAAGUACUCAGAGGUGGUGCUGGAUUCUGAGCCAAAACCCCAGGCCUCGGGCCCUGAGCCGGAGCUGUACGCCUCAGUGUGUGCCCAGACCCGCAGGACGCGGGCUUCCUUCCCAGACCAGGCCUACGCCAACAGCCAGCCUGCACCCAGCUGAGAUGGAAGGGCUGGCAGAGUGGGACAAGCAUCGCCCCCAGCCUCCUCUGCUGCAGGGGUUACUGCUACCCUGCCCUGGCAUGACUGUUUCCCAACCACCCCCCAAAGACAGGUAGCCAAGGUCCAGUCACAGGAGGUCAUGUUUCCCAAACUUCCCCUCUAAGCCGUGAGGGAGACAUCUCAGGGGAACAAGUAGGUCCCCAGUUUCUUGGGGAUGGAGGAAACAAAGGCAGUGGCCCCCAUUCCAUCUCGCUCUCUCUUUCCUAUCUUUUCCUCUAAGGCCCCAAGCUCCCCAGUUUCUCACUUCCUCCUCCUUGUGGAUUUUAACCAGAUCCUCUCUGCUCCAGCUCCCUUAAAGUCUGCCCCUUCGGUGUCCCCUCAGAUACAGGAAGUGAGCAGUGGUGGAGGGGGUAAGAGCCUGAGAGGAGAAGGGUGGGUAUACGCCUUGGGAGCCCACAGUCUGGAGGGAUCCUGGAACCCAGCGACCUGAGGAACCCAAGCCUGGCUUCUUAUCUGAGAACCCUGGCUGGAGAAUACCAGUCUACAUCCUGCUCUGUUAUGUCCCCAAGUUUUCAAAUAAAACUUCUCAGAAAGUGUUUA